AGCGGCCGAGGGGGCGGGAGUCUGAGAGAAGGAGCGGGCGAGCAAGAUGGCGGCGGCAGUGGCGUCGGACCCGAGCUGAGUUGCCAGGAGGAUGAGGCAUUCUCUGGAGAAUUCCGUCCUCUCCGAGGACCCCGUGAGGAUGACGGCCCCCAUGCUGCCCCAGCAGCCCCUCCCUGAAUGGCUGGCGGCAUUCUCUGCUUCAGGGCCCGAGGCCGGCCAGCAGUCUGUACAUCACCCUGCUUCGUUUUAUCCGGAGGGACACCUUGAGUACCUCGAUUCCACAGCUGUGGCAGACUCUCUCCUGGAGCUGGCUAGAUCCGUUCCUUUGCCUCUGCCUCAUCUGGGAGCAGCCCAGGGGCUUUCCUUGGAGGCCCACCAGCCCUCCUCGUCGCCCGGGCGGCUCCAGCCCUGCCAGGAGGUUACCCUGGGGCAGCUGCACGUGGCUGUCUGGCCUUCUCCGGAGAAGCAGACCCAGCAGGACAGCGGGCCCGGGCCUCUUGACAUGGCUCAGCCCCUGAAACGGAGAAAGCUCGACUUGUCUGGUGAAGAUGCUUCACCCCUGAGGUCGCCAUUGUCCCCGAGCCCGCUCCCCCUCGGGCAGACCUCGCUGCCGCUACCCAGUGCGUCCCUGCUCCCCGAGCUGUUGACAGUGGACAGCAGUCAGCUUUACGACCACGGACUGGAACCUGCCUCCGCCAUGGGCCCGCUGCUCGGUGUGGACUCUUGGUCUGCGUUCCCCACGCUCAGUGUUGGCCCGGAGGCUCACGCCAUCCCCCUCCCUCCUGCUUCCCCAGCUCUUUGUGAGGGGCUUCCCAUGAGGGCACUGCCCGGGGAUGGGUUUUUGCUGAGCCUCGAGGGAGCCAGCGAGAACCUGAAGGAUGCAUCAAGGCCCGGGAAGAGCGUUCAGGACCCGUCCGCCCUGGUUUCCUCUAGCUUUCCGGAGGACUUUGUAGAUGCCAGUGUUUCCAUCCCUGUCCUGGGCCAAGGAGGAGAAAGGCCUGGCCCCCCACCUCAGUACUGGACUCCUGAGCAGAUGCUGCUACCCCCCACGGAGCUGGCAUGUCUCCCUGAGGCGAGCUCCCUGCUCGAGACCGAUUGUGCCCCACCGACGAUUCUGCAACCUCAAGAAGGAGCUUCAUUCUGGAAGACGUGGGCCCAGAGGAAGAACGAAAAAACUCUGAAGAAGGCGGAGAGCGAGGCUCAGGGAGUAGGAAGAAGAAAGCCCACCCUGUUCCAGGAAGAUGUCCUGUCUGUGCCGAUUGCAGAGCUGAACCAAGGCCUCUGCCUGAUGACCCAGGAGGCCAGGAGGCGCGACGGCUCCAGCUACGAGGCAGACGUGCUCUAUUACUUAUUCCUCUGCAUUCAGAAGCAUAUGUUUGACAACAAUCGGAUUGACAACAUCUUCACGGACCUUUACUACCUGAAGUUUCUGGAAAGGCUUCACCAAGUGAUGAAAGGAUGGUGUCCUCGAGUCAGCCCCUUGGGGCACGUGCUAUCCAGCUGCAUCCUGGAGCAGAUGCUGUGGGACUGUCGGCAGCUGGGAGCUCACUCGCCAAGCACGCUCCUCUUCACCCUGAUGUACUUCAACACCAAAUACUUCAUCCUCAAGACAGUGGAGCAGCACUCCCAGCUGGCCUUCUCCAAAGUGCUCAAGCAAACCCGCAAGAACGCGGGUGUGGGCAAGGACAAGAGCCCCACCGUUAGAUUCCUUCGUCUCUACGGACAGAUCCUGGGUGGCCUGAAAGAAGAGAUGUAUGGGGAGCAGCUGGAGAACCCCGAGAACCCUCUGCAGUGUCCCAUCAAGCUCUAUGACUUCUAUCGCUUCAAAUGUCCCCAGAGUGCCAAAGGGCCCAGCGACGCCUUCUACUUGGUCCCGGAGCUUGUUGUGGCCCCCAACAGCCCCAUCUGGUACUCAGGCCAGCCAGUGGGCACUGAGCUGAUGGAGCAGAUGCUCACGCGAAUCCUCAUGGUGCGGGAGGUACAAGAGGCCCACGCAGCGCCCCACGUGCCAGCCUCGCGGUGAGGGAUGCCCGGGAUGCACGUGCCUGCCUGCACGCCUGCCCUCCGUCGCUCUGAGACGCUCAGCGGGAGGCAGGGGGAGCGGCCGCUCUGACCUGCUGGGCAGGGCCCAAGGGCCGCCCUCCUUACCGUGGUUCCACAGUGUGAUUUUAUUUGCUUAGCUGGAUCAGAACCUUAUUUUGGGAUUUUUUUUCUGGUUUCUUGUGGCACUGGGACACAAGCGCUUGGAAAUGAACGGUGGGCAGUGUAUGUGUUUAGUCCGAGUCUGAAUUGUGAUGAGGGAGGAGUUCACUAAGCAAGCUUUGCUCGGUCUUAGCCUGGAGGCCGGCUGGGCUCUGGGAAGCCACGGUGUCCUGGCCUCUGAGAGAGGUACUUCUGAUACAGGUCCGCCAGUUCUUUGAGGGCAGAGCAUCCGAGGGCAGCAGCAGCGAACGUGGUCUGCUGGCAUUGUUCCCACCUCCCAUGGCCAAGGCCAUGCCCAAGCCGCCUGGGAGCCGGCCUCGGUGGGAUAGGGGCCUGCACCCUGGAGGCCAGUCUCCCUUGGUGUGUGGCCGAGCUGAGAGUGCAGUACAACCUUACCUCAGAUGGGCUGCGGGAGGCUGGGCCUGGGGCUGCCUUCUCCCAUUGGUCAGCUUCUCUAGGUCCAAUCUUGCAGGGAGAUUGACCUAUUUUUCUAAAUGCCUUUUUGGGAGAGAAAUCACUCUAUAGGAGUCUGGCUCUGCUGGGCUCUGCGACUGCAAUGGAACUCUUUGAUUUGGAAAUAAAGUUUUUCUUUUGAUUGGUCA